CCCCCGCCCUGCCAAAAACAAAUACGCCGUCGAGCGCUAGGGAUGUGCAAAAAAAGUAUCGACAGCGGAUAGGCAACGUCAAGCAACCUUGCUCGUUAUCGCUACAGUACGCAGGGAAAAAAUAAAAUUAGCAACAAAAGCAUAUUUAGCAGCCGAGUAACAGUGCUAAACGCUGCCGAAAAAGCAUAUUUUGGCCGCGCCACGCCCCGCCCGCCCAUUCGCGAUCGUUUCGGUAAAUCAUCGGGGGGAAAAUCGCAGAAGCGAAAAUACAAAAUAUUCCCCAGACCAGGCAGCAAAUUAGCAGGGAAAGGGAAACGGAACGAACGGAACAACAGAGAAGAGAGAAGAAAGAAAACUCCUGGUUACUCCACUGAUUACUGGUUACCGCUCCUGGCCUCCUGGCAAUCGGAAAUCGCCCAUCGGCACACAUCCACAUCCCGAUCCAAUCGACGUUAUUAUGAACAACAAUAGCAAGCGGAAAACCCGACCCACUGGCGGUGGUGGCGGAGGAGCUAGCGGCGGCAUCGCCAGAUACAACUCCAACGACAACAGCCUGAGGCCCGCCAACAACAAGGCAGGUGCAGCAGGAGUAGGAGGAGUAGGAGGCGGGAACGGAGCAGCAGGCGGAGCAGUGCGUCCGGUGGCGCAGGGCGUCUACAACAACACGUUUUUCAUGCACUCGGCCACGGCGCUGGUGGGCAGCGUGGUGGAGGUGCGCCUGCGGUCGGGCAACAUCUACGAGGGCGUAUUCCGCACAUUCUCGGGCAACUUUGACAUCGCACUGGAGCUACCGGCGUGCAUUAAGUCCAAGAAUCUGCCGGAGGAGGGCAAGGUGCCAAAACACAUUAUAUUCCCGGCCGACACCGUGGUGACCAUCGUGGCCAAGGACUUUGACUCGCAAUACGCCACCGCUGGAGCUUUUCAGACGGAUGGCGCCAUCUCUGACAAGUGCAACGGUGCGCGUCUGGACGAGAAGGAACUGGAACCGUGGGAUUCUGGCGCCAAUGGCGACAUCGACAUAGAACUGGACAGUGCCGCCAACGGCUGGGAUCCCAACGAGAUGUUCCGCAAGAACGAGAACACCUUCGGUGUGACCUCCACAUUCGAUGACUCUCUGGCCUCGUACACGGUGCCGCUGGACAAGGGCGACUCGCUGGAGUUCAAGGAGGCCGAGGCCAAGGCCGAGAAGCUGGCCGCCGAGAUUGAGAACAAUCCGACAUGCCGCGACCGUCUCGAUUUGGAGAACGGUGACGAGGAGGCGCUCUUUGCGGCCGUAGAGCGUCCGUCGGGCGAGCAGGAGCAGCGCAACGAACGCAACGAUCGCGAGAGGGAGCGCGAGGAGCGGGACAGGGACCGCGAUCGCGAUCGUGGCAACAAGCCACGCGGCGCCCCAGACUUCCAGCUGCGGGAGACCAUGAGCAGCGAUCGGUACAUCACCAAGCAGACGCGCAGCAUCACCGGACCGCAGCUAUCGCAUGUUGGCAUGUCCUCGCAGAGCAGCGGCGGCGGCGGCCGAGAUCGCGGCGAUGGCAGCCUGAUGAUGCAGGGAGGGCCGGGCCAAGGCGUCGCCACGCAGUCGACGGCAGCUCUGAUGCUCGCCGGCGGCCUGAAGGGCGCUGGUCCGACCCCCUCGGCCAACGCGGCCGCGGACACGUCCAGCAAGUAUGGCGGUGGUUCGAUGGUGAAGCGCAAGACGGUGCCCCAAAGCGGCAAGGUGAUGCGCAACAAUGUGCCCACGGGCGGCGGCGGUGGCGGCAGCAACGUUUCCGUGUCGCAGGGCGGCAACGGAGGAAGCUCUGUGGGUCAGAGCAAGGGCGGCUACCAGCCCUCGAUGGGCAUGCCGAGUCAGUACUCCUACCAGGGUAACUCGCAGAUAAUGCACGGUUCUUCUCAGUACCGCAACCAAUCUCACAUGGGUGGCGCCAACAAGCUGAAUGGCGAUGCGAACGCCAAUGCCAACAAGCCGCUGCCCCAGCGCCCGAUGCGCCAGUACCAGGGCUCCCAGAGCAAUUCGUCGCUCAACUACGGCGGCGGCGAGGCCCAGUCGCUGGGCAAGCCCAUGCACGGCUCCCAUGGUGGCCAUCCGGGGCAGAACAGCAACUCGCCGCCGCUGCAAACGGGCGUGCCCCAGCAGCAGCAGCAGCAACAGCCGCCGCAGCAACAGCAGCAGCAGCACCAGAACAUACAGACACAAGGGCAAAACACACAGCCGCCGCGUCAGGUGCGAACGCGCGAUAAUCAGAUGCAGGAGCUGCGGCAAUUCGGCCAGGACUUCCAGCUGGCCCCCAACAACACUUCACCGCCACAGCAGCAACCACAGCAGCAGCAGCAGCAAGUGCAGCAGCAACAGCAGCAGCAACAGCGAGCCUUGCAGCAGUCUGCCUCGCCCCCGCAACAGCAGCAGCAGCAGCAACACGUGGUCAUGCACCCAGUGCCGCCGACGCACUUGCACCAGGCGGCCCUCUCACAGCCACACUAUGUGCCUCAGCAGCAGCCCCAACAGGCGCCGCCUCCCCAGCAGCAACAUGUGCCGCUGCACUUGCAACAGAAGGCCCAACAGCAGCAGCAGCAGCAGCAGUUGGUGGAGUCGCAGCAUCAGCACGUGGCGAAGCAACAGCAGCCGCCGGUGCAGCUGGUCCAGGAUCCAUCGCAACAGCCGCUGCCCAUUUACCAUACAAUGCCGCCGCCGCAAACGUCGCCGGUGGUGAUAACCUCGCCCGUUCUGAUGGAGCAGCCGCCGCCACAGCCCAUGGCGGUGGUGGUGCAGCAGCAGCAGCAACAGCAGCCGCAGCAGCUGGCCACUCCCAAGCCGGAAGUGUCGCCGGCAGCGAGCAGCAGCACCACCACGCCCACUGGCAUAGCCAGUACGCCCACCACAGGGGUGAUUGUUAGCGCUGGAUCCGAUAAGUCCACUCCGGCAGCCCCCAGUGCGACGAGCAGCUCCACGACGGUGAGCGCUAGCGCAAUCGCUGCUGCUGGCGGUGCCAGCGGAACCACGCCGGUGGUCAAGAAGCCACAUGUGCUCAACCCGUCUGCCAAGCCGUUCACGCCCCGCGGCCCAAGCACCCCGAAUCCAUCACGCCCCCACACCCCACAGACGCCGGUGCCCAUGACGAACAUCUACACAACCACGGGCGGACAUGUGCCGGCGCCGCCGACCAACCAGCAGAUCUACGUGGUGCAGCCACAGCACCCGUUCCCGCCUCAAACACACCCGCAGGCCGGACAGCCACCGCGCCUACGCCGUGGUAACUACCCUCCAAUGGCCGCAUCUCAGAUGCAUGUUUCGGCCUCAGCGGCCACGGGCCAGCCGCUGAUCACCGCCGGACCCAUACAGCAGUUCAUCCAGUACGGCCAUGCACCGCACCAGCAACAAUUCCAAUCGCAUGCGUACGCGCCGAUGCAGAUGCGCGUGUACCAGGACCAGCCGCAGCAGCUGCAGUUCAUGGCGCAGGCGCCGCAGUCGACCACACCGUCGCCGGGGCAGCCGCACCAGCAGUUCCAUCCGCCGCCACAGCCCUCCCCCGCCGGCGGGGGACCCCAGCCGGCGUACACGCCGCCCACGCAGGCGCCCACUUACCAGCUGAUGUGCUUGCACCCCCAGUCGCUCAUAGCCAAUCCCUACUUCCCGCCGCCGACGCCGCAGCAUCCGCAGCAGAAUCAACAGCAGUAUCAGAUCGUGAUGCAGCAGCAUCAGCCGCAGUGAGAGAACGCCAGCUGGGAAGGGGCAAUGGCGCACGGGAAGGUGGCGAGCUGGAAGGCUGCUGAAGGAAGGGGGGGAGACGGAGGCUCCUCCUCCUUGUUAAUGUCGCCGUAGCGAGUGGGAGCUGGGCAGCCACGGGCAGCCGUCAUCAAGCAACAGUUACACAUAACACAGACACAACACACAACAUGAAGCACUCACCACACCCGCAUCCGCAUUCCCAUCCGCACCUGCAUCAAGCAUCAGAGUCCGCAACCGCAUCCGCAUCAACCUUGAUUUUCGCCAAGCGAUUUUCGCCCCCACAAUUCACACACAUCCAACCACAACAUCCUUAUGCCAUGUGCACGAGCGGCUCAUCCUGUAGCACAUCUCUCACAGACCGAAAAAACACCAACAACAACAACAACUAGGAAAUUAUAAAAUACAAUUAAAACAAAAGGAAACUAGUAAAUUUUUUGAAAUUGCAAGACUUCUACAGCGCACGGAAGCCAAAAAAACACAACAACAGCAAAUGAAAAAGAAAAAAGCAAACAAUCACUGAAAACACCAAACGUAUAAGAAAGCAAAUGCAAAAAGAAAAAUAAGAAGAGAAACAAAACAUAAAAAUUAGAAAGCUAAAAGCAACUGUCGAAUCAAUUAUUAAUACGAGAACAUUGAGCGUUUGUAAGGAGCGUUUCCUGCCCCGCACAAAAUUCCAAAACUGAUUGGCUACCAAAUUGAUACAAUCACAUUGUAAACCGAAAAGCAAAUGAAGUAGAAUCAAAAACUUAUGAAGAAGAAAAGCAAAAAGUCGAGUUA